AGAGAGAGAGAGAAAGAGAGAGAGAUCUUCCUGCUGGCAAUAACACGAGCCUCGAAACUUAUAGGUCUCCAAAGGGCUCCUGAGGUUUGUGAGAGGGGAGAUAAAAAAUAAAUAAACAAGAAACAAAAAUGGAUUUGAUGGAAAAAAAUGACCCGGAUAACCAGAUGCCUAUACUACAAAGUUUAUCGAUGGAGGAGGAAGAGGAGGAUUUAAAUGAUGAAGCCCAGGAUAUGAGUAACAGUCUGAGAGAAAUUGUCCAAGAAGAGAUAGUAAAACCCAAACUUCAGUGCCUGAUGAUGGAUCCGGCUUUCUCAAUGGUAACACUACAGAGCGAGGACAGUGGGAUCCUUUGGGAGACGGCGUCUAGCCGCUGCUCAACGCCCUGGAUUUCGGAAAUCAGUUCUCCAGCACCGGAUCUCAGCAACAGCCUUGUUCCAAGAUGUCCGACCGGUACGGGUUCAGAAACGGCAGGUAGGAUCGUCUUUAUAAUGGACGAGGAUAAUAUAAUAAGGAGAAAGAAAAGGAAGCGAAAUAAAGAGGCUGAAAAGCUACCGAUGAUAGCAGACGAAGCGCCACGAGAACCUGAUAGGCCUGCCAUGGUGGAGGUCUCUGUUCCCAAUGUAACGGUCGAGAAAGAAAAAGAGGAUGAAAGAAAAGACACAAAAGAAGCAAGAAAGCAACGCUUGUUUUGUCUGGUGUCUGAGGGAUCAGAGAUUCUGAAUAUUGUUGUGCCCCCAAAAUUGUCCACAGUGGAUGAGGAGGAGAGCAAAGGACUGGAGGAUAACUUGUCUUACCUUGAAGAGACACCUGUUAUAAAAGCCAGAGAGAUCCCUGAAGAACCCGAGGCAUCUGAGGAGACAGGAAAUCAGGAACAGUUUCAAGCUACAGUCCAGGCAGUAACUUUGCCACCACUGAUCAAGCCACGAAAACAAGGUAUGAGUGAGGACUACUUUGAAAAAUUCACACUCUUAGAUCAUCAGGCACCAUCAGGAGUUCCUACAGUAGAUGAGAACCAAGAGCCUGAAUACAGCUCUGAUCAAGAACUUUAUGAGGGUGAAGAUAAUGCCAUGGAUAUAAAACCAGUGGCAGAAGUUUCAGAGGAUUCUGCAUCCAUUAAUGGACUUGAGAUCACCAGCGAACAUGUGGAUGAGGUAUUUUAUGGAGGUGGACAAGAUCCAGAUUUUCGGACAAAAAAGGGGGCCAAUAAAGAGGAGGAGCUGCCAAAAUCAUCCUUAAAGAAAAGUGGAAGUGCUCUAUUCGGUAGUCAGGAGUCAAUCCUUACUCCGAUUUUUCUGCCUGAAGGACCCCAGAAAAUCAUAGAUCUAGUCCUGCUGGAGGAACCAAAGGCCAUGGCAUUUAUGUACUCAGAUUUGUAUGCAGAAGCUGUAGGAAGCAGGACGAAGCAAGAAGAUACAGAGAGCGUGACUUCAGAAAAGUCCUUCCACAGCCAGGAGUCUGAACUUGAAGACAGAGGCUACUUGGAGAAAUUUGUUCUUAAAGAUGAAACACAGGUGACUCAGAUGGAUCCAUUACAUGAUGACUGUAAAGUAGAUGGCAUUAGGAUGUGGUCACGUGAUGCAUUUGGCUUUACACAACAUGACAAGGAUGACGCUGGAACGCUGGAUGAAGUGGAUGAAAUCACUGAUUUCUUUAGGAAUAGUGCUAGCUCUUCACCAUGUGAACCUCUCCAGAUAUCUGAGGUGGAGCCAGAAGAAACAAGAAGAGAGACCAAGGUUCGACAUGUGGUGUUUCAGGACGAAGGCAAGGAAAGGACAACUGAAGAGGACAUAGACAUUGCAGAAGCAUUUUUACCACUUGACAUUGGCAUGGAGGAAAGCUUGAAUACUGCAGACUACAAAUCAGUCAUUAAUGAAUAUGCUGCCAAGACAUGUGCAGCCACACCAAGCAAGACAGAAAAAACUAAGUUUUCCUCCAAAGCUAAACCUCCCAAACAUGUUUUUAUCCCAUUCGACGUUCCUCAAACUGUAAAACCCAUAACACCUCGUUACAAGCCCUUCCUGGAGCUGACUCCAUUACUUCCAGUAGAGGUGCCUGAGGAAGACGGACACAAAGACGUGAACCCAAAAGAAAGAGAAGGAAGUGAUAACAUUUCUUUAUCCACCACAGUUAAAGGAGAAAAGGCCUCAGUAGAUGCCCAAGACUACGUGCAAAUCAGCCAACAGGAGGCAAGCGAAUCUGCCCCCAUACCUCAGCAAUGCUCAUCUAAAGGAAGAGAGGAUACAGAGAGCUCCGGCUUUACUACUGCACCAGCUUUACUACUACAGAUUCAGCUGGAUCUCCUGUAUGAUGAGGUUGAGGCGGAUAAAUGAGACUGUAGGAAUUCCAGCAUCAAAAUUUUUAAAAAAUUCAUGCUAGAAGUUAAAAAACCUUGAUCGGUAUAUGUUCACAAACUCACUGCCUGUUACGGUUAAAAACUUUCGUAUUUAACAUGUAAAUAUUUUAAUAACCUUUCAGUGGAUCGUCCAAGUCUUUAA